AUGAGCGGAAGAUCUUUUACUCUGCUGCAACUGGCAGAAGAUCUACCUGUUCUUUAUGCUGCGGCACGGGCCCCAGCCGCACAGGAGUCCGAUUCGCGGUCGUUCUGGACAGCCCUUCUGACUGCAUGGGCCCAGCUUUCAGGAAAGGCCAUCAGAAUCGAUACUGAACAACCACCCCAGCAGGAUCCAGAGCCAGAAUACAGGUUGAUCAGGAUCGAUAUCACUGCUGAUGCCUUUCAUGAAUCUACGAAAUGGCGAUUCCACCUGAUCAUAUGCCAAGCAAAAGGGCACAACGCACGCUCUUCGAGAUACAAUGAUGUUGAAUCUCAGGUUCACCGCGACUGCGAGGCUUGGCUCAAAGAGCGGGGCAACAUGCCGGGAAGCGUAUAUGCCAUGUGCACAGUCGGCACGGCCUGUCGCAUGUUCCGUGCUUCAAUAGAGCGCGACGAUGAACCAUGGGUUCCAAUGUGGCAUGCUCAAGGUUUCCUAGAUGCGGAUGCUAACGCGGCAGACCCUGAUAGAGGCGCAACCCUGUGGGGGGCGUUACAGGAGACUCUGGCUCGGUCGCCGCUGCCCAUCGCCGAUAAAAGUUAUAUGUAA